CUUUCCUUUCCUUUCCUUUCCUUUUUCUUUUGAGUUUUUUAUGUCUCAUAUGAACUGGCAAAGCAGAUAAACAAGGCAAGCCUGAAGGUUUUCUGUCUCAAUCUUCUACCUCUUUCCUUUCUCAAGAUGCAGUUUUCAAGGCAUUAAAUUCAUUUCUCUUCUUUCCUUAGCUUCCUUCUCAUUCUCAACUUCUCAAGUUUUUCCCAUUUACAAAAUUCUAACAAGAAAACACAGUUCAAAUAGCCAAACCAAACCAGACAGAUCCAUUUCUCCAAACCCUUCAGAUCCCUCUCUCUCUCUCUCUCUCUCUCUCAAAAGCUCUCUCUCUCUCUCUCAAAAGUAGUGCCUGCCUGCCUGCAGGAUUUUGUUUAUUGGGUUAGAAACUUAGAAUUGUUUGUUUACACAAUGAGAGACAUAGUUUCUUGUUUCAAUGAAAAUGCAGUGAACGUGUCUCAUCCUUCAUGUUCUAGCUAUGCAAACACUGCUUGUGUUUCUCCAAACUUAACUCCUUCAGUCCAAAAUGCAGUCUCGUGUGUCUACAGAAUCACUCUCUCCUCCGCUCAAAAGCAGCUCAUGGUUACAGUCUCCUGGUGCAAAAACCACUAUGUACAAGGGUUGACCAUUAAGCUAGCGGAUGAUCCAUCAGCAGCAUCCUUCAAGUUGAACACGAAUUCGCGUAUCUUCCGAAAGAAGAAAGGCACCAAAGUCAUCGAAUCCGAUAAAUCGAGGAUGGAAAUCUUUUGGGAUCUCUCAAGAGCAAAGUAUGAUGUUAGUGGUCCUGAACCUGUUGAGGGAUUUUACAUUUUGGUCUUGGUUGAUUCAGAAAUAGGCCUAGUUCUAGGUGACAUGGCUGAAGAAGCUGUAAGCAAGAAGUUCAAGACUAGUAGUGUUGCAAAAGCCUGUCUUGUUUCGAGGCAAGAGAAUUGUUCCGGAAAUGCUCUUUAUUCCACAAGAGCUCAAUUCUGUGACACAGGCAUUGCACAUGACAUUUUGAUAAAAUGUAGUGGAGAAAAUGAAGGCUUAAAACAUCCGGUUUUAUCUGUUUGCAUUGACAAAAAGACGGUGAUCCGAGUAAAGAGGCUGCAAUGGAAUUUUAGAGGGAAUCAGACAAUUUUUGUUGAUGGGUUGCUUGUUGAUCUGAUGUGGGAUGUUCACAAUUGGUUCUUCAAUCCUUCAUCAAGGUAUGCAGUGUUCAUGUUCAGAACAAGAAGUGGGAUGGACAGCCGAUUGUGGUUGGAAGAGAAGAUGGUGCACAAAGAGCAGGACAAAGUUGAAUUCUCCUUGUUGAUGUAUGCCUGUAAGAGCUCUUAAUUAAUAUGAAAUGUUGUCAUUAAGUCUUUUCUUUUUUGUUUGUUAAUUCUUGACAUUUAAGCUUUA